AUGUCCCCAUUGUUUGCACCCCAUUGUUCCCCUUGCUCCCCUACUUUCCCUCAACCCUCACAGGAGGUGCGGCGGCUGGCAGCAGAGCUGAUGGGGUUCAGGCGAGACACGAGACGACUUUUGAGGCGCCUCAAAAGCUGUCCCUUCUCACUUACCAUUGUUCCCCUUGCUCCCCUCACUC